UAUCUUCUUCCUCUUUUCCUCGUGCGCCUGUUCUGGAACUGCCACAGGCUGUUUCUCGUUCUCGUCCCGUUGGCACAACCCUAAAAUGCGUGAAUUUUUAGUAACUGUAUGAAGACCUAAUUCAACUUAGGUGUUUUCUAUUUCUCGUCUUCUUGAACAUACUAAGUGAAGGAUUUUAUUUCAUUUUACCUUUCCUUUCCUGUUUCAUCUGCUACUUGUAUAUAAAAUUCAGAUGGAUUUGUGGAUCGAAGCACAGCAACAGUAUGAGCACAUUCAACAGAAUGAGUUUUCGCAUAGAAAACAUAGGAAGCAAAAGGAAGAGGACAUUGCCAUAUGUGAAUGCAGAUUUGACGCCAGUGAUCUUGAGAGUGCUUGUGGUGAGAGGUGCUUGAAUGUUUUAACUAGCACAGAAUGCACUCCUGGUUAUUGCCGUUGUGGUAUCUUUUGCAAGAAUCAGAGAUUUCAGAGAUGUGAGUAUGCUAAAACAAAGUUAUUUAAAACUGAAGACCGUGGAUGGGGUCUUCUUGCUGAUGAGGAAAUAAAGGCUGGGCAGUUCAUUAUUGAGUACUGUGGGGAAGUAAUAUCAUGGAAAGAAGCAAAGCGACGAUCUCAAGCUUAUGAAAAUCAAGGUCUCAAAGAUGCAUUUAUCAUAUCACUCAACUCCUCUGAAUCCAUUGAUGCCACUAGAAAGGGCAGCCUAGCUAGAUUCAUCAAUCAUUCAUGCCAGCCUAAUUGUGAGACAAGAAAGUGGAAUGUUUUGGGGGAAAUAAGAGUUGGAAUAUUUGCAAAGCAGGAUAUUUCCAUUGGCACUGAACUGGGAUAUGAUUACAAUUUUGAAUGGUAUGGUGGUGCUAAGGUUCGUUGCCUCUGUCGUGCAGACAGCUGUUCUGGGUUUUUGGGAGCAAAAUCUCGUGGUUUCCAGGAGGAUACUUAUCUAUGGGAAGACAACGAUGAUAGGUAUUCUGUUGAAAAAAUUCCAAUUUAUGAUUCUGCAGAAGAUGAGCCUGCCAACAAGCUCCCAAAACUAGUGAGCUCCUCCAAUUCUGUGUUUGAUGCUGGCAGAAAUGUUGAAUACUCUAUGAUUGCGAAUUUUAAUGUGGGAUCUGAAAGUCAGUCAGUUUACGCUUUUAAUGUUAAGCCACUGGCUUCAAUAUCUGAAGAAGAUGCAGUUAUGAAGCCAGUAAAGACUGAAAUAAGUAAAGAUAUAAAUUUGUUUGCCCAAGAUGAUCAACAGGCAUUUGUGCAAAACAAUGCAAUGGUCUCUCUCAUUGAAUCUGAUAGUGGAUGCCGUAAUUAUCACAUAGGGCGAGGUCCUAUGCCAAAGAAACGUCCAAAGCGGUUUCCUAAUGGAAAGAAAAAGAAUCUGGCAGAAAAUCAAGUCGAUGCAAAACAAGUCGUCAAACUCUUAGCACUAAAAGAAGCACAAGAGGAAGUGCUUACAUAUGAGGAAAUGAAGAACGGAGCGGCCUCACAGCUUGAUUCCUUAUAUAAUGAAAUAAGACCUGCAAUUGAGGAGCAUGAGAGGGAUAACCAGGAUAGUGUAGCUACAAGUGUAGCUGAGAAGUGGAUAGAAGUAUGCUGCCAAAAAUUGAAGGCAGAAUUUGACCUCUACUCUUCAAUUAUAAAGAAUGUCGUCUGCACUCCUCGGAGAGCAACUGAUCAACCACAACCUUCUGAAACAGGAGGAAUCAACGAUAAUGAGGUGAAGUACUUGGGAUUUUGAACAUACAGUCAUUUUCUUCAAAGUAACGAUUUAGGACUUGUUUACUUUCAUUUUGUUUCAUUUUUAGAAAACUAGAGAAUACAUCCAUCCACCUCUACUUAUUACUCAACUUAGGUUGUAUUAGUAUUAUCUUCUGGAAGAGAUGGAAGUUUUCUUUUCUUUCUUU